AGUGAGAAAGAAAAACAAUGUAGAGAGAGAAACCCACGUACGUACGUAGAGCGAGAGAGGGAGAGAAAUGAGUGGCAGUAUCAACAAGAGGGUGCGUUGCAUUGAAGUGGAUGAGGAGGUGGAGGGGGGGCGGUGGGAGGGGCUGAAUCCGGAGGUGCUUGCGGUGAUAUUCGUGAGGUUGCCGGCGGAGGAGCGGCUGCGGACGGUGGCGCUGGUGUGUAAGUCGUGGCUGGAGACGGUAGCCGGGCCCUACUGCUGGACCGAGAUAGACAUAGAGCAGUGGUGCCGACGGUGUAACCGACUCGAGAUCAUCGAUUUGGCGGUUAGGAAGCUGGUCCGUCGCAGCAAAGGCACCUUCAGGCUCCUGUCGGCGUACAAGCUCGGCGACGGCGCUUUCUUCUUCCUCGCCAACUGUGGGAAAUCUCUCAAAGUCCUCCAAAUUCCCAUGAGUGAAGUCACCGAUAAGAUGGUACAGAAGCAUGCUGAAUCCCUUCCCAAUAUCAGUGUCUUGGACAUUAGCUACUGUUUGAAGAUCACAUCCAAAGGACUUGAAUCCUUCGGAAAGCAAUGUAAAUUCCUGACUCACUUGAAAAGGAACAUGCCUCCUCCAGAAUGGGAGAGGCCUGCACCAGGUUCGGCUUCUAGCAGGGUGGACGAUACAGAGGCAAUGAUCAUAGCCGAUACAAUGACUGGGCUCCAUCAACUCGAACUCUGUUUUGGGCGGUUUGGUGACCGCGGGCUUCAUGCUCUCCUUACCCAUUGUGAGAAACUCUCCCAUCUUGAUAUUCAAGGGUGUUGGAAUCUGGAGUUGGAGGGGGGUCUUGAAGAGAAGUGCGAGCAACUUGCAGUAUACAGGAGCCCUUGGCUUGAUUACGACGAGGAUGCGGUUCAUUCAGACUCUAGUGAUGAAUCAUCCUCGGAUUCUAUAUCGUAGAUGGAUGGAUACAUGCUGUGAUUUGGGUAUUUUGGUAUAGACACAACAGUCAAUAGAUAUAUAGUCUCAGGUUUGCUACAGAUAUUAUAGUAACUGGUGGAUUUUGGGUAUACCAUUGUAAGAAAAUGGACCCACUUGGAACUGGCUAUGUGAAGCUUGGUUUUGUCCUUUUUGUUGUUGAAAGGGAAGAAGAUAGAAAGAUAGUAAUAGAUAGAUAGGAUGAAAAGUGGUCUGCUUUUGUUGCUGUCCAACCUGUGUCAUGCUUUCUUGGCUGCAUUUGAGAAAACUCAAAAUGUUGGAGGGUUGAUUUUUUAUGCUAGAAGAGAAACAUGGAUUU